CUCUUUCCUUUCUCUUAUCCCCCCACUCGCCCUACCUUGAUAACUUGGAGCUUCACUUCUUGUUUCCCAUCUCCCCAUAUCAAUCCAUCAUUCCAGUGCUGCAUUGACAGCAUUUCAUCUCGCAAACAGCUACAUAGCUACACAGCCAUCACACGACUCUGUCUGCGCCGCCAUGAAGGUCGCCGCAUACGCCUCGUUGAUCGGAGCCGCCACGGCUGCCGUCACUCCUGGCCAAUCCGUCUUCAAGGCCCCUAAGCAGGCUUCAGAAGCAUGGUCCAAGCCUCUGCACACCCUGCAGGAGUCUCUCAAGUCCUUGACUGGUGAAGCCCGCCAGAUCUGGGACGAGGUCGCCCUCAUGUACCCCGAGGCUAUGGAUCAGACCAGCUUCUUCUCUCUGCCCAAGCCUCACGCUCGCAAGCAGGACAACGAGUGGGACCACAUCAUGAAGGGUGCCGAUGUGCAGAGCGUCUGGGUCAAGAACGCCCAGGGUCAGCAAGAGAGAGAGAUCGAGGGCGAGCUGGAGAAGUACAGCCUUAGAACAAAGAAGGUCGACCCCAGCCACCUCAAUGUCGACAAGGUCAAGCAAUACAGCGGUUACCUCGAUGAUGACGAGGCUGACAAGCACUUGUUCUACUGGUUCUUCGAGUCUCGCAACGACCCCAAGAACGAUCCCGUCAUUCUUUGGCUCAACGGUGGUCCCGGCUGCUCUUCCCUGACCGGUCUGUUCAUGGAGCUUGGUCCUUCGUCUAUCAACAAGGACGGUAGCCUCAAGUACAACCCUGCAUCGUGGAACGCCAACGCCUCGGUCAUCUUCCUUGAUCAGCCCGUCAACGUCGGCUACUCGUACAGUGGCGGCUCCGUCACAAACACUGUCGCCGCUGGUAAGGAUGUCUAUGCUCUCUUGACCCUCUUCUUCAAGCAGUUCCCCGAGUACGCUAGCCAACCUUUCCACAUCUCUGGAGAGUCCUACGCUGGUCACUACAUCCCUGUCUUUGCUUCCGAAAUUCUUUCCCACAAGAAGCGCAACAUCAACCUCCAGUCUGUCCUCAUUGGCAACGGUCUCACCGACGGUCUGACCCAGUACCCCGAGUACCGUCCUAUGGCUUGUGGCGAGGGUGGCUCCCCUGCCGUUCUUGAUCCCCAGCAGUGCCAGGCCAUGGACAACGCCCUUCCUCGUUGCUUGAGCUUGAUCCAGAGCUGUUACGAUAGCGAGAGCGUCUGGUCCUGCGUCCCUGCCUCCAUCUACUGUAACAACGCCAUGAUCGGUCCUUACCAGAAGACUGGCCGCAACCCCUACGACAUCACCAAGAAGUGCGGCAGCAACAGCCUCUGCUACGACGAGCUUGACUGGAUUAGCGAGUACCUCAACAGACCCGAGGUCAUGAAGGCUCUCGGCGCAGAGGUCAGCAAGUACGAUUCUUGCAACUUUGACAUCAACAGAAACUUCCUCUUCGCCGGUGAUUGGAUGCAGCCCUUCCACCGCCUCGUCCCUGGUAUCCUCAAGGAGAUCCCUGUCCUGAUCUACGCAGGUAGCCUCGAUUACAUAUGCAAUUGGCUCGGUAACCAGGCAUGGACUGAAGCCCUUGAGUGGCCUGGUCACAAGGACUUCAAGAAGACCCCCCUCGAGGAUUACGUUCUCCUGGACGGCUCUACCGCAGGAGCAGUCAAGAGUUCCGGCAACUUCACCUUCAUGAGGAUCGACGGAGGUGGCCACAUGGUACCCUACGACAAGCCCGUCGCUUCUCUUGAGAUGGUCAACCGCUGGGUCGCUGGUGAGUGGCUGGCAUAAGUCACUAGACACUGAGCUAGGGGCAAGAUUCAGAAGAGUAUCAUCGAUGCUCCAUUUCAUUUGUUACAAGUAGAUAUUGUAUCACUAUCCUUCCUGAGCCAAUGCAGCUGACAUGAUGGGUGAAAAUCACGUUUUCGUCUCAUUCUCUCUCCCUUCUUCUUGCUUGUGGCGUGGUUAGACAGAAUAGUAGUUCUAGCUAGCAAAAGGAUGCCUGCCAAACUGACUCCUCUCGCCAAGCUCGACACCAUGUCUCUGACCGUCUAUAGCAUGAUGCAUGAUUCUGU